AGCAGUGGAUGGUUCAGGUUGGGAAGAAGAGCAGUGGGAUUGCCAGUUGAGGUUGUGGAAUCAAAGAGCAAAGGCUGUUGUGAAGUGGAAUAUCAGGCUCAAAUGGAGGUCCCUCCCGAAUGAGCACUGACACCUGUGUGCCCGGACAUCCACGAGGGCCCCAACACCUGUGCUCCUGACAGCUCCAUGCACUAAGCAGGGCACAGUCUGGAUCCAGGGGACCAACUGUCUCUGGCAUUGAGCAGUUGGUAAUCAAUACCCCACCCUGUUCUCAGUCACUUGGGGACAAAAAAGAAAGCCUGCAGAACACGACUGCUGGCCCACCUGCCAGAGUAGCCAAGGAAACAGGAUGCCCGCUAAAGCAUGUUAAGGAAGGUGUGGAGCAGCUGCUGGGAACUGUCUUGAUAAAAGGAAGACAUGGAGGACUGCUGUAUGCUACCGUAUUACACGGCCCAAAGCAGCCCCGCAAUGGGCAUGUUUAACACCUCCAUGGGGAAGCUGCAGCGGCAACUGUACAAAGGCGAGUAUACUAUAUUCAGGUAUGCACCCAUGUUUGAGAGCGACUUUAUCCAGAUCAGCAAAAGAGGAGAAGUGAUUGACGUGCACAACCGUGCCCGAAUGGUAACAGUGGGCAUCGUUCGCACCAGCCCCUGCCUCACACUACCUGAUGUCAUGGUGCUGGCCCGACCAGCUGCUGUCUGUGACAAUGCCAGGUGUGGUCCUGCCACCCAGAAAAGAGAUAGUCUGCCUGCAGAGAUCUUAGAACUAACCAGGCUGCUUCCCUUGAUGUUUGUGAAAAUAACCAUCCACAACAGCGUAAAAAAGCAGCUCCACCUGAAGCUUGCCACGGGCCGCUCUUUUUAUCUUCAGCUGUGUCCCCCAUCGGAUGCAAGUGAAGACCUUUUUGUUCACUGGGAAAACCUUGUUUACAUCCUGAGACCACCAGUGGAGGCUUACAGUGGUACCAGGGCUAUCCUAGCUGGGAACACAUUGGACUCAUCUGUGUUGGAGGAAGUGCAGAGGAGCCCAGUGGGAUAUGCCAUGAAGUUUUGUGAAGAGAAGGAGCAAUUCAGAAUCAGUAGACUUCACAUGAAUGCUGAAAUGUUUGGAUCCACCUAUUAUGAUUAUACAAUAGAGAUAUGAAUCCAACAUACCUCCCACAUAUACUACGUUCAAGAGUUCACACACCCCUGCAGUCAUAAAACCUAUAGUGCCUGAUGAAGGGGCAGGGUAGCAACAGCGGUAGUGAUGACAGUAAGCACCAUCACAGGUACCAUGGAUGUGGCUGCAACCAAGUCUGCAGACUCAGGAGAGAAACACAGCACUGGCAAAAGCAGCCUUCAGAGGUCCAGGAGGAAGUAUAGCCAGCAUGGCUAUUAGUGGGUGCUUCCAUGUCUUAAUCUUGUUAUAGCAAGGGCUGUGUGCACAUUCUUGUCCUAAAAGGGUACUUCAAGCAUAUCAGUAAGUGCUACUGGCCUCUCCCUAGAGAGCAGCAUGAAUGUGGUGGCUACAGGAGCAGAGAGAUACUGAGAAGGCUGUUGCAUUGACAGUAUCUCUCUGCUACUCAAAGGCUGACUCUCUGCUACUCAGCAUUUGGAGUCAGUAUCUCAACUCUGGAGGAUGAGGCCACAUGCGUGAAUGGGAUGGAAGCCAGAGGGUCUCUACCUAGCUGGAUUGACUCUGCAGUAAUAACCUCAAAGCCCGGUACUACACAUAGUGCAGAGGUGGACAUCUCACCUAAGACUGUGGAGGGGAACAAUGUGAUUCACCAUAAUAAAAUCCAUCAACUCAAA